AUGGCAGAGCAACAUAAAGAAAUGGAGGUAGAUUCUGUGAAACAACCGGAAACUACGAAAUCAGUGGAUCAAGUAGAGAAGAAAGUUGAAGCACCUAGAACAGCUUUACAAGAUGUUGAGGCUAAUAUUGUUGCCUUAAAUCAAGCUACAAAGCAAAGAGAUCCAAGACUCGUAUAUCGGGCUUUAAGAACAACUUCCAACAUCAGUCGUCGCCUUUCAGUUGAAACUUUAGGCCAUCUUAUCAAGAAAUAUUAUUCUACUGAGCCCGAAACGAAGAAAGAACUUCUUAGCGUGAUUGGGGUGAAUGAUUUGCGAAUGGAUGAAAGCAAGGACGAAAACGAAAACAAGGGUGCUUCUCUCCCAGAAGUCAGCAUGUAUUUACAGUUGUUGGUUGGUGUUACGUUAUUUUAUAAUGAAAAAUAUGAUGAUGGUGCUGGUUACAUGGUAAAGGUUGUGCAACGCUUACAAUCAUUUGAUCGCCGUACUUUGGAUCAGAUUGCAGCAAAACUAUACUUUUAUUAUACCCUGUUUCUCGAGAAAUGUAACCGUUCUGUGGAGUGCAGAAAUACCCUGCUGGCGGUACACCGGACAGCAACUCUUCGUCAUGAUACAGAAUCGCAAGCUAUGAUUUUGACUUUACUGUUGCGCAAUUAUAUUCAAUUCAAUCUUUAUGAUCAGGCAGACCGAUUGGUUUCCAAAACAGUAUUCCCUGUCAACGCAAGCAACAACUUGGCAAUUCGUUAUCAAUACUAUCUUGGACGAAUUCGCGCGAUUCAGUUGGAUUACACUACUGCUCAUGAACAUUUGGUGAGUGCUAUUCGAAAGGCACCCAAUACCAUUUAUGCCGUUCAAUUCUUGCAAGCCGUUUACAAAUUGCAUGUCGUUGUUCAAUUGCUCAUGGGAGAGAUUCCCGAAAGAAGAAUAUUCCGUCAAAAAUCUUUGGAAAAAACGCUAAUUCCUUACUUACGCAUCAGCCAAGCUGUACGAAUUGGUGAUUUGAACGCUUUUACAGAUGCGUUGUCAAAAUACGAAACUGAAUUUCGUUAUGACGGACUACAUACUUUAAUUUGCAGAUUGCGCCAUACAGUAAUUAAGACGGGUUUGAGAAUGAUUUCUUUGUCAUAUUCCCGAGUUUCUUUGCGAGAUGUCUGUAUAAAGUUGGGCUUGGACAGUGAAGAAAGCGCCGAGUAUAUUGUUGCCAAGGGCAUUCGAGACGGUGUAAUUGAUGCCAGUAUUGACCACAAGAAUGCCUUUAUGGCUAGUAACGAAGCAUUUGACAUUUACGCUACAGAGCAACCUCAGCAAGCUUUCCAUGAACGCAUUCAGUUUUGCUUGGCACUUCAUAAUGACAGCGUAAAGAGUAUGCGCUACCCGAUGGAUGCUCACAAGAGUGAGUUGGAAGAUGUAGAAGAAGCGCGUCGACGAAUGGACAAAGAAAUGGCAGAGGCCGAUUUAGAUGAUGACGAGCCUGAUUUGGGCGAUUUUUAA